ACUAAACCGCAACGGAUGACAGCGUUUGGGGCAUAUAAAUUCAGAGCACAAUGAGAAAUUAGAGCAGUUGCUCAACGAACACUUUUUAGAACAGGAAGAAAUUUUACAAGAUGAUAGAAUUUAUAGCUCUGCUUUUGGUCGGGCUGGUAGCAGAUGUGGACACCAGACCAAGCUGCUACACAUGUCAUGAUUUACGACGUUCUGGGCAUAGCACCAGCGGUAUAUACAAUGUUUACCUGCCGUCAGGAAUGAAAAGAGUAUUUUGUGAAAUGGGUAUCAAUGGUGGUGGAUACACCUUUAUUUCAAAUUCUCUACUGCCGAGAUUAUCCAACGCUGACAUCAGAUGUUUAUUCAGGAGAAGUAGCGAUGUACUUUUGCGAAUUUCAAAGCCAGACGGUACACAACCCUACACCAUCAUUACCCAAUAUAGAGCGACCGGCGGAUUACGCGUUUAUCUAAAUGGGCACACCGGAACUAGUGCCCCAGUCAAUAGGCACAUAGGUCCUUAUAUUUACCUGGAUACUCUUCCGAAUUCUGUCAACCGUGUAAAUCAUGUAGAAGGCAUCAAAGUGAAUGGGAAAGCCGUAACAUUUCGUAAGUGUGACAAAACUGAUGACAACAGCUAUUUCGCAUUUUUCUACAACUCGUUUGAGAAAACUCCUUCCUCUUAUCUCAAAAAUAAUUUGGUUUAUGAGCGCCAAGGGGUUUCAGUAAAUUGGAGAAAAAACGCCAUCCGUCCUCCUUCAGGGCGUCGUCUGCCCUUAAAUUAUUUUUUCUUCACUGAAAUGCACUACGGUGGUUGUGGAACCUACACAUCCAGUGAUCGAUGGUUACGUGCAAGAUAUCCAGCACUAGGUACUGCAAUUGGAUUAAGAUGAAAUUGCUGGCAUUGGAUUUAAAUUUGUUGUUAAUUUUUGUUGUAAUGAAAAUAAAUAAUAGUUGCAAAAACAAUUCUUUUGUGAAAA